AUGGAAUUGUUAUACUCAAAUGUUUGCGUUGGUAAUGUUUGCGUUGGUAGUGUUUGCGUUGGUAGUGUUUGCGUUGGUAGUGUUUGCGUUGGUAAUGUUUGCGUUGGUGAUGAUGUUUGUUUUGGUAAUGCCUGUUUUGGUAAUGUCUGUUUUGGUAAUGUUUGCGUUGGUAAU